AAUGCCGUAUAUGAAAUGCCGUAUACGAAGCAAUCUUCUUAUUCCAGCCUCCAACAGGGUAAUUCCUACUGUAAUCCUCAUUUGUGUGCGUUCCCUCCACCACUCACAAAGAUACUUAGGGGCACGUUCUCAAAAAAAGUCCAGGUGGGGCGGGGGGAGAACGCCCAAAGUCCUCACAAUGGACCGGGCGAGCUACCAAACAAGGUUUUGAACUUUAUCUGUCGUGACAUGUUUACUGUCUAACAGAGUCUUCCCCUCACCACUUUGAAUCCAGCUACCAACAUAUCGUCAGAGUCAACAACAUAAUUACUAGUACCGUAGGUAUUGACUUUCUCUCGCACGACACCCUCGCAGCACACAGUACACAUCUGUCAAUCAACUUCCCUGUCCACUUUAUCCCUACAGAGAGCACACCUCACCUUCCAAAUUAUGUCAAGCCAACCUCUUCUUCAAUCCGUGACUGGUGAGUAGUCUCCGACCAUCAAGUCAAUCUGUCGCCUGCCUACUACUUCUGCGAACAAGUCCUAUGGCUACGGAUGGAUCAGAGCUAACAGCGUUCAUGCAGGCAAGCGUAUUGCGCUCCCCACCCGGGUUGAACCGAAAGUUUUCUUCGCAAAUGAACGUACUUUUCUCUCAUGGCUCAGUUUGGGCGUCGUGAUCGGAGCACUUGCCAUUGGCAUGUUGAACUUUGGUGACCGACCAGCCUUCAUCUCCGCCUUCCUCUUUACCCUCGCUGCCAUGUUGACCAUGAUCUACGCCCUCGUCACCUUCCACUGGAGAGCAAAGUCGAUAAGAUUGAGAGGUCAGGCUGGAUUCGAUGACAAGCUUGGUCCUACCCUCCUCACCAUUGUCAUUCUGGUCGCUAUGACGGUCAACUUUGUGCUCCGAUUUACUUACGAAGCGAAGGGUCCAAAGCAUGGGAAAAACUGAAUUGAUAGUCGGUGUGGGUUCUGAGAGACGGAAGAUGGAAGGAGAGACAGUUGUAAUACUACCGCAUGAUGAAUGGUGGGAUCAAUCAUGCAUGGGAUAAGUGGAGGUUGAGAAACAACCAGGCGUUCCUGGCUGCGUGGCUCACUCAAUAAUACAAUUUGGAUUUACGUCGGGAUGCUGGAAGGGAAUGG